AUGGAAAGAAAAGGCGGGGUUUGCAGUUCUCCGCUCUUAUAUAUUCCGGGUGUAUGUGUAGAGAGUCAUAAUCUUUCAUCAAGCGGACGAAGUUUCGUGCAACAGCGGCGUUUCUCGAGGCGUCUAAGGCGGGCCAUUGAGGCCAUUUUUAUCACUGAUAAGUUUGGGCUAAUCACUUGUGGACGGGACGCAAGCGCAUUAAGUAGAAAGGAUUUGUCGUAUUCGCAGCAACGGCAAAUUUCUGCUUUUGCUUAA